AUGAGUGUGAAGAGUUUGAUAUCAAAGUUCGAACCUGGUGAAGACUUUGGAGUUAAACCUAGACUGAUAACAAGGAAAGUCAGUAUCAACUCCAUAUUCAAUCCCUAUGCUGAUUUGUCUAGUUCUAUUCCUAAGACUGAUCCGAGAUUGCUAGAAACACCGUGUAAUGGUACAGCUGAAAUCUUAAGUAUAAAUCUGAAAGAUGAUUUGAGUAGGAUUGAAUCAAUAGCGAAAGUAAGGUAUUCCAAAAGGAUAAGUUCUCCUGAAGGUUCAUGUUUUGGAGGAGAUAAUGAUAAAAUUGAAGGUUCAGGCGAUGUUUACAUUUCAUGGGAUGAAAAACUCGAUCUGUUGUCUAGAAAACUUUCAGCCCUGGUACCUACUUAUAGAGGUGAAAGUCUGCAUGAAAAAUAUGGCCACGACACAGAAUAUUUUGUUGAUGCACACCUGAUAACGGACAAUUGUGUUUAUUCGUCUACAGGCUCGUCUGUAGAUAAGAUUGAUUUACCAGCUAUUAAAGUUGAUUCAAAAGACAAUACGAAAAAGGACGAAGGAUACGAAGAUGAGGAUGCAGCUGAAAAUAUUCAUAAUGAAAAGUCUGUUCGAGAUCAGCUUGAGGCGGGCUCCAGCAUGGAAAGUUUAAGUACCGAUACCAGGAUCAAACCAUCCAAAGUUGUUCCCCAAGGAAUUGUGUUCCAUAAAACUGCUCCUUUAGAAUUGAUAGACGAAGAAAUCAAGACCCCUGAAAAAUCUUAUAUUACUUCCUUUGAACCCUUGAAUGUGUUAGCUGGUUCGUACCUGACACCAACGUCUUGUAGAACAAUUGCUUUCAAUGUUGAUAAAUCUGAUCCCCGAAGAUCUAGAAUCUCUGACCGGUUCAGUUUCAGAAGUAAUAUAUCAUUCAACCAAAGUCUUGGAUUAGCUACAGAAGAGAAUCUUGAUCGAAUUAAUAGUGAUCUAUUCGAUAACGAUGUUUAUCAGCAAUUGGAUACACCAAUUACUCCUCAUACUGAUACUUUCCAACCCAAAGAACCGAAGGACCUAAAAGUUUAUCGGUUUGAUUCUUCAGGAUCAUCGAUUCCUAAUGAUAAAGUGGAGACUAAUUCCGGUCUGACUGCUAGUUCCCCAUCUAUUCAAACCCAAAACUUUCCUUUUCUAGCUCAUUUAAUUGAUGAACAACCAGAUGCUAAGAAAUGGUAUCAAAACAUCUUUCAUUUUCGACCAAAAAAGAAAUCAUCAAGAACCAUUUCAAGAGAAGAAUUCCAACCAAUUGUGCUUGAGGAAGUUGAUGUACCAGAGUUGAAACCCCGGAGAUACUCUAAACAAAGUUUACUUAGUAAAUCCAGUAAGGAUGCCAAAAGACGAGAAGGAAGAGGGUCAGUUCAAAAUACUAAAGUUGCACAUGAUAGACAGUCAAAUUCAAGAACAAGUGAACGAAAGAUAUCGGUAGAUAUGAUAAAAACUCCUCAUUGGGUACCUAGACCUCCCAAUGCACCUCAUAUAUAUUCAAAUGGGUCACAAUUAUCUAACUUCAGUAACAAGUUCAUGGAACCAAGACAAAUACCUAGAGUGAAAAAUCACCCUUCUUCAUUGGACAAUGGGCUUCUUUCACCUGCGGACUUAACUGCCGAUCAUGCAAUCAACCGAUCAGAAGACGUUGAUAGUUGGAAUGAUACACCGAAUGGGAGUGGCUCAACCAACACCUUAUCAAAUAUCGACAAGUCCUUUCAAUUACAAGUACCUGAGAAAACGAAGACCAAAUCACCCCUUGGAAUUAAACUUUCUAAAAGAAGUGUAGGCACGCAGACGGAUUUCAAAAUAGGCAAGUCAAAUGCCGAAGAUGAAGAAUUAAAAGAGAACUUUUUAGAUUUACGAGAAACCAUAUUUCAGGUGUUUUCACCUCAUCAAAAACAAAGAUUUUCCACAAUCCUUGAUGAUAUAUUCAAUAUGUAA